ACAUUUCACUCGAGAGAGACUUGCGCACUCCACAACUAGUAGCCUACAACUUCCGUGGUAUACACCUGCGGCAGGUAAGCGUGGCUCUAAAACAGGAUACACCUGCGCAACGGGUAUUUUACAGUAUACACAUCUGCUAAACACACUUUAAAGAAUCGAACAUAUCUUCAUCUCUCGGUGCCAUGAGUGCGGAAUACAGACAUUGUGAAUUGGCACAAGUGUUUUUGCGCGUCUGUGACCAGAUGGAGACUGACCCGGGACUGGACGACCCUCCAAAACAGGAAAAUCGACAACAUGUAUCUGAAGUCGAUGGGCAGUUUUUGUACAGUAAUGGCACAGCAAAUAAAGAAUCUUCGAAGUUUGGGGAUAGUCCUGUAGGGGACUUUGCGGAUUCCUCAUCUGGCGUGUCGGCUUCAGGAGAAUCGAAACUAUGUUCAAAACAUGGAUGCGAACUGGAGUUGUAUUGCAGUACUGAGGAAAAACUAACCUGCUCGCUAUGUGUCUCGGAUGGGUCUUGUCAGGGUCACACGGUGACAGAGCUGGUUACCCGGGCAACAAUAGUAAGGAAUCAGCUGGUGGAUAUCUGUGAGAAAAUGCAGCUGCAAGCUCUUCGGAUAGAACACUUCACUGACCGUACUCUAACGGCAAGGGAGAAAGCUCUACAGACGGAUGCGAACAAGGCGAGAGAGCGUGUGCUUGCUCAGGUGAACGUGGUACGUGAGGCGUUGGAGGAGGAGGAACAGCGUCUCCUGGAGGUCAUACAGAGAGAGGAGGAGCGCGUGGAGCAGUGCCUCCUCACUCAAAGAGCACACUGGACUCAGACGCUAGAGAAACUCACACACACACGCACCAGUCUGGUGCACACACUCACAAACUCCACAGACACCAUGCUUGUGAACUCUAACCAGGAAAUAUUUGACAGGAUUGAGGAUGCUGAAGGUGUUAGUGAACCCAGAGACACUGAGCAGCUGAGUCUGAACAGAACCUGCAGUGACAGUAAACUCAUGGUGGGUUUAUGGGCCAGUGCAAUACUGCUUGGGCCAUCUGCCCACAGUUCAAUCAGGCUUCAGUUUGAUAUGCAAACAGCCAGUUCUCUUCUGUUGCUCUCCGACGAUCAGUGCACUUUAACAUUCUUGCCCAAACGCCGCCGUCAGUAUCUCCCCGAUGACGCAGCACGCUUCGACAGCUGGCCUAAUGCACUCUGCUCCCCUCUGAUGUCCUCUGGCACCCAUAGCUGGAUACUUGACAUGGGUAUAAGCACUGCUUACAAAGUGGGCGUCUGUUAUGCCAGCAUGGAACGCAAGGGGUCUGGCAAUAAUGCCCGACUGGGCUACAACACAAAAUCAUGGGUACUCUCACAUCACAAUGGAGACUACUCGUUCUGCCACGAUGGAUGUAAUGUUGAGAUAGUUGUAGCUAAGAAGCCGAAGAGACUGGGACUGCUGCUUGAUUGGCCCACUCAGACUCUGCUGUUCUAUGAUCCUGACUCUGUGUGUGUUCUACAUGUAGUCAGACAUGCCUUCAGUGAGCCUCUGCAGGCCGCUUGUGCAGUGGCUGAUCAAAGCAUCUCUAUAGUGCACUAAACACAGUACGAGUGCUAAUAAGUGAAGAAAUGGUAGGUUUAAUGUUUUCAUUUUGCAAAAUAGUUUGAAGCAAUUUUAUAAGAUUAUUUCUUUAAUGUUUUUAACAUUUAUCUGUGCUAUUGAAGACUAGGAAGAAUGUAUGACAUAUGAAGAGAAAGUGUGUUCUGUAAGAAGUUCUGGGUAAUUUGAAUCAUAUUGUUAAAUUUGUCUUGUAUUCACAAACCAAUAUGUCUUAGAAUCUGCCAAUCUGAUUGAGUUGGAAUAGCUGCGUGAGAUGUGCCAGUCACUGUUUUUAUAUUUAUGUCUUUUAUGUUAUUGGGAUGAUUUGAAUACAAAUCUUCUGAUAUGAAGGAUCUUUCAAGAAAAGUUGUAUUUAUGUUCAAAUUAGUGCAAUUACUGCUGAAUAUUUGUAUUUAUUAUCUGCAUUUUUUAGGAAAUUGUUGUUCAAAUUUGUUUGUGACAGAACAUGUCUGUAUGGAAAAAUAAAA